AUGCUCACUGCCAUCACUCCACUUCUGGCUGCUUUCUUUCUCUCGAGGGGCCUCACAGUCCCGACAAUCCCAUAUCCAUUCCCCAACUCAACUGCUCUUACCAAUGGCACAGCACCCAAUGGAACCGUUGAAUACCACUGCAACGACAUUUUCCCAACCGACCUAACUGUCCUCAACGAGCGCUACCCAGACUACAACACCUCGCGGCUCCAUGACGCAAUUGAUCUCUUCAUGCUCCGCCGCGAAGUAGCCGAGCAAGGCGAGAUCGCCACUCGCGUGCAAUUCACCGGCCUUCCCUCCGCCAAUACCAAUAUAACUUGCCGCCUCGAAUUCAUCUUCCCUGCACCAGACCAAAUGCUUGUCCAAGGCUACAACCCGACCUUUAAUGUCUACCAAGUCGAGCGCGACACCGAGACCAUCUCGACAUGGAAGCAGUACGUUGGAAACGGCAUCGAUGCAGACCUGUUUGGCCAGGUCAAUGGACAGCCUGAGGCGAUUGAGAGGACAAGGUCAGUCGGAGGCGUUGCGGCGAUCAAUGAGACGAGGUGCAACGAGACGAUGACGUUUCAGAUGGGUAUGGCGUACGAUAGCAAGGGUGGAGCGCCGAAUUAUUGGAACUUCACGGAGGUAGCGCCGCCUGCCUGGCCGGUGCAGGGCUUCAGGAUGGUAUGGGGUUGCUGA